ACCAGUCUAUUAUACUCCGCUGUCUGUGCUCCGCUGUUUGGAGUUUUGCAAGCGCAACACGGAAAAUAUCGAGAGUGUCCGAUUGCAAUUAAGCUAAAGUCGAUUCGAAGUGUAACGAUGUCUGUGAGCAGCUGCACCACAGCAGAGUCUGUUACCAUGGAAACAGAUGAGAUGAUGUCAAGCCAGUCUUCCCAGAAACGGGCUGAAUAUGAAACACAGUACUUUGGUUUCACACCCAAGUCUUUCAGCAAUGGAGUGUAUAAUGCUGUCAAUGACUACAUGAUGGACGGGCUGCAGGCAGUGGAGGGCUACAUGAACACUGAGUAUGGCGAUGUGAUAUCACCAAGUCAAGUGAAUGAAGGAGUACAGAAGAUGCAACAGAACAUGGCCAAACAAGUGGACAAGGCCUUCGACACACUCGAGGCAUACCUCUUCACCAACAUCUUCUGUAUUCCUGAAAACACUGUUCUGCGUGAGGAUCAAGUAAAACAAGAGAAGCUGUACACAGAAGAUGACGAGAAGAAGAUAGACAGAGACAUUGAGGAAUAUACACAGAAAAUACUUGCUGUGAAGUACGCCAACACCUGUCUGCAGGGGGAGCUGGAGGACAUUGACCAGGCCCAGGCCCAGAUGGACGGCAUGCUGAAACAAGCCCACGACAUGCACCAAGUCCUUCGCCAAGCUGGAGUUACAGAUAUGAAGGACAGCCUGGUGUAUGGCGCGAACCAGGUGCUGAAGAGAGUGGACGUCCUCAAGGGGAUCCAGGUCGUGUCAAACAAGAGCACUACAAAAGGAGAGGAAACCAAGAAGACAUGAUACUGUCUCUGCCUACAGUGUAUGCCAUCUCUCCAACUACAAGGAAACAUGUCAAACUGUCUCCAAGACCCAGGCGUCAUUCUUCACCAUGGCAGCUAGUUUGCAUGAACUCCACUGCUUAAACAAAUCAUACUUCACUGCCAAUACUCAGAAUAUUAUUACAGAGUUAUAGCUGGGAUUUUCAAUCACAGCCAUAAGGUGCAGGCUAUUUGGGAAAUACAUGUACAUACUAUUUUGUCCUGAAAUAAAAGCUUUUUGUGCUAAGCUGGUCCUGUUCAGCAAAAAUACACUUUAUGUUUUGAAAAACGAAAACUGAAAAUUGUUAUCCAUAAUACCUCAAGUCUGAAAUUCUUAACAGAUUAUUUUCUGUAAACAUUGAGCUGAAUAUCAGACACAGAGAAUGCACAUAUACAUUCCCAAACUGGGCAUGUUAAACUUCCCUACUGUGUCCACAAGAGCCUCAGAAACGACUGAUGUCAAUCACUGGAUUGUCGGGUCCAGACUCGAUUAUUUAGAGACCGCUGGAAUAUUGCUGAGUGCGGAGUAAAACAAUAAACAAACAAACAAACUAACGACUCUGGGAAACUGAUGGUUGGUCAGAGUGUCCCAUGUCUCUGUGAACUGCAGCUACUCAAGUGAUAAAUAAACUUGCAUGUACUAACAGUGCAUGACAAAUUUAAACAUGA